AUGUAGCCUGUAUUAUUAUAUUUUAUUCUUAUAUAUUAUUUUUGUACGUGUUUAGCCUAUUAUUGUUGUUGUUUUUUCAUAUUUAAUUAUUUAUGUCAUGUUUUACUUUUAAAAUGAUUAAGUUUUAAUCAUCAGAAAACACCAUAUGUUAUUUGCAAUAAAUGAUCUAACGUACUGAGUUGGGCUGCAUUGGUAUUUUCUAGGAUAACUUUUGUGCUGGUUUAAGUUAUACAGUAUGGUUUCAAGCACAAGCAGUGCUUUGAAUGGCCACUUGAAGGCGCUAUUGAUGUUUUCAAAGGACAGUUUGGGGAUUUUGGGAUAAUGAUUCUACCUUGUUCAUUUUUUAGUAAACAACUGCGUUUAUAGGACGUUCAUAUAGGAAAUGAGAGUUCCCUUUUCCGCGUCUGAACAAGAGAGAAGAAUUAAAUAGCUUUUCUGCCAGUUUGGGACAAAUGGAUGGCAAAAAGCUGGUCAGCGAGUUUUAGUCCUUGAUUGCCUUCUUCAGAUGCCCUUCAAACAAAGGCUGGGGAUGAAAAUAAAGCCCCACCUGAGCGCAGACAGGAUAAAGGGACAUAAAUGACGAAUGGGCGCAUCACCUUCUAUUGUCCCUUUGAUCUAUAUAUAUUAAGGGAAUGAAUAAGACUGCAUGUUGCACACUGGACUCGCAGUCCUGUAGACCAACACACUCUCAGUCUGCAAAAGGUAAGCAUCUAAAUUAUGAUUGGUUUCUUAUGGAUUGUUGACCUUGUACUGAGAAUGUCCAGUUGUGUUUUAUGUUUACAGAAUGACUCCAAGAUCCACGUGCGCUUCGGGAGGAAGGAAUAGGACCUUUAAAUCUAACUGGAGUUCGGCAUUAGAUCUCAAGUCUGGAUCCACAGACAUUACCAAAGGUCAACAAAUCAAAUACAGCACAGAAUAUGAGCUUGGCAACAUAGACUCAGCGACUAAAGAAUGCUCAUCUACCUUCAGCGAAGAGAACGCAAGAAAUAAAAGAAUGAAGAAAGAUAUGCCAGUUAAAGCAGCAAGGAGACAACGUGGGAAUCGCAGAGUUAAGGCAAACGAUAGAGAAAGGCACCGCAUGCAUAAGCUGAACUCCGCUCUGGAUACUUUGAGAAGCGUGCUUCCAACUUUUCCCGAUGACGCGAAACUGACUAAAAUCGAGACUUUGAGAUUCGCGCACAAUUACAUUUGGGCAUUGUCAGAAACAUUGAGAAUUGCAGACCAUGUUCGGCAAAUUUCAAAUCACGCUCGGGACCAGGAGAACCUCACGGUGCCAAGCGCUUGCUUGGAUGCGCGUUAUAGCGCGUCAAGCACAUGCGCGUCCAAGUGGCACUCCACAAACUCAUCAUCAAAUUGGCAAGAAACCCAAGGCUACUACACUGAUUUGUUGCUAGAGGAAUUUAAUUGCAAUUUUCAGGACAAUCUGACAUUUUGAUUUGCUGGGGAAAAUCGAAUCUGCGAGUAGCAAAACAAAUCUGGCAAAAGCUGACCCUCUUGGGACCACGAGUAUGACGCGUUUCAGGGCAGCUCAUAAUAAAUGUUACUUUUCGUUUAAGCCUGAGAAAGAAAAAAAAAAACAUCAUAAUGAUUUAAUUAUUUUAAUUAUUCAAACGAUUUAUUGCAUGCUAUGGCGAUAAUAGACAUAAAUGUUGUAAAUAUUGUUUCUGUUAUUUCCUUCUUCCUUUUUUAAGCAAAUAAAGAAAAACUUAUUUUUAAAUUUAUUUUCAUUCGAGUGUAUCUGUAGAAUAGAAAUUGUACAAUCAUAAUAAAUUCAUAUAGAAUCUGUUUUAGUGUUUCGUGAAGGAAGCUUGCGUGUUGUAAUUUCACUGACACGGUUCUGCGCAUGCGCUGUACAUCAGCUGCGCUUUCCAGAGCAACAGGUAAAUACUUCUCACAAUAGAGGAGACUGGGCAAUAUCUCUAGUGGAACAAACAUUAGUACAGAUAAAACGUUAAUUUCUUAGGUUAAAACAAAAAACAAUCAAAUUCAUUCAGUGUCGCAAACUAUUUCCUUCUCACUGCUCCUAAUGUGUGUGCACUAACUUGGAUGGGUCAAAUGCAGACAGAGGACAAAUUCCGGUAUGGGUUUAGCAUACUUGGCCUUCACGUCACUUCAGUUUCGUUAACAAGAUCACAAGUAAGCCAUAUUAUCAUUAUGCUUGGUGUGUGUAUAUAUUUUUCCCUUUGCAUACGUUCUGUUAAAUAACCCUGUUCAUUUAGUAUAUUCUUGCAGGAAAAGAAUAAUUGUGAUAAGGUUCACUUUUAUAACACAUAAUUUUUUAGAUUUCUUACAGCUGCAGAAAAAAAAAAAAAACUAUUGCACUCUGACUGAAGUAUGAGUGGGUUGCUGCUUACAAUUCAACACUCAUAUUCAGUCAUUUAUUCAGCUAUAAUUAUGC